AAAUGUCCUUGCUGGAGGAGAAUUCAGGAGUGAAAAUGGACUAUGAAAAUGAUCCGUCCAGAAGCCCCCCGGAGUCAGGGCUGAGUUGUGCCCACUCAGGUUCACAAGUGAAUGCCCAUACGCAAGUGAAUCCUGGUGCACCACAGCAAUUCAGCAUUGAAGACCAGGAUCACAAAGUAUUGAUCCUGCACUGUGAGAACCUCAUGGCAGUUCCAAAUAAAAAUGGUGUACAUGCAGAGAUCUUCUUUGUGUUAGCCUCACACUUGAGUUCAGCCUCUGAAGAAAAAGGGGGUCCGAUUCUCUUGGCGGUCUCUAAAGGAGAGCGCUGUCUGUAUUGCAAGAAGAACAAAAGACAAAGGAAGCCAACCCUUGUGCUGAAGAAGAAGAAACUGACCAAACUCGCUACCCAGAGUGAAAAAGCACGCCAGCCCUUCAUUUUUUAUAAGGCGAGGGUAGGCUCCCGGUACACGCUGGAGUCAGCUGCCUACCCUGGAUGGUUUGUCUGCACCUCCUACAAUGCUCAUGAACUUGUUGACAUGACAGAAUUUGGAAAAAGGAAAUACAUGGAAUUUGAUUUUAUCAGGAUUUCGGAGCUGCCUAUCAGCCCCAAUGAGGUCAGUGAUUAG